GGAGCACUUCCGGACGCGGCAGGAAGUGGCGGUAGUCAUGGUAACGGUGUGUACACCCACCUGCCUCAGCUUCGCCCCGGUGCCUGCGGCGCUGGGGGACCCGCAGCGACAGGAGCAGGCGGCGGCGGGAAAAGCGGCCGCUCCCGGUUUCCCCACAGGCCAUUAUCUGUAUUAGUUGUUACAAUGAGUGCAAAAGAAAGGAAAGUACGUGCAUUUGUGCGAGUCAAGCCAACAGCUAAUUUUCCUCAAGACAUGAUCAAGUAUGGGCCAGACAACAAGAGCAUAGAUAUUUACAUCAGGAGAGAUGUUAAGAAAGGAGUCGUCAAUAACAAGCAGACUGAUUGGUCCUUUAAACUGGAUGGUGUUCUUCACAAUGCCUCACAGGAUUCGGUUUAUGAUGCAGUAGCUAGGGACUUGGUAUCCCAAGCUCUGGAUGGCUAUAAUGGCACUAUAAUGUGCUAUGGGCAAACAGGAGCUGGUAAAACAUACACCAUGACAGGAGCAACUGAAAACUACAAGCAUAGAGGAAUCAUACCCCGAGCUAUACAGCAGGUGUUCAGGGCAGUUGAAGAACGCAUCGAUCAGUCCAUCACUGUCCGAAUGUCCUACCUGGAAAUCUACAACGAGACUCUCUUCGACCUUCUCUCCACUAUGCCUCAUGACAUGUCCGGUGACACUCACAUGGCUGUAGUGGAGUACCCACAGGGUGUCUUUGUGAAGGGCUUAUCUAUGCAUCCAGCCAGCCACGAGGAAGAUGCUUUAAAUCUCCUGUUUGAGGGUGAGACCAACAGAAUAAUAGGUGAACAUACUCUGAAUAAAAAUUCAUCCAGGUCCCAUUGCAUAUUCACUAUCUAUAUUGAGUCUCAUUCCAGAAUUUUGUCAGAUGCCAAAUACACUGCUUCAAAAAUUAACCUAGUGGAUCUGGCAGGUUCAGAGAGACUGGGGAAGACUGGGUCCGAGGGGCAGGUUCUGAAAGAAGCCACAUAUAUCAACAAAUCGUUGUCAUUCCUUGAGCAAGCGAUCAUUGCACUGGCUGAUCGUAAGAGGGACCACGUCCCCUUCCGGCAGAGCAAGCUCACCCAUGCCCUUAAGGAUUCAUUAGGGGGAAACUGCAAUACAGUCCUGGUGGCAAAUAUCUAUGGUGAAGCUGCUCAGAUAGAGGAGACUCUGUCCUCUCUCCGUUUUGCUACCAGAAUGAAAUGGGUCACAACGGAGCCAGCCAUCAAUGAGAAAUACGACCCAGAGCGGAUGGUCAAGAAUCUGGAGAAGGAGAUUGUUCUUCUGAAGCAGGAACUAGCCAUGCAUGACAGCUUGGUCAACCGCUCUCUGGUGAAUUAUGACCCUCUGAAUGAAAUCCAGAUAGCAGAGAUUAACUCUCAAGUCCGCAGGUACCUAGAAGGAGCCACAGACGAUAUUGAUAUAAUGAACAUCAGGCAAAUCCAAGAGGUAUUUAACCAGUUCAAAGUGAUUUUAAGCCAACAGGAACAGGAAGUGGAAGCCAGACUACGAAACAAAUACACCCUGAUAGACAAAAGUGACUUUGCAGCCAUUACUGCUGCUCAGAAGGCAGGCCUGGUUGAUGCAGAGGGCCAUCUAGUGGGGGAAGUGGAUGGACAGGGCUUCGGGAUUGGAGUUGUUCCUUUAUCCAAACCCGGCGGGAAGAAAGUUAAAGCCAAGAAAGCCAAAGAGCAGCUUAGCCCCACUACCAGGAAGGAAGGAUUAGGAAGCCCUGUUUCGGGGAAAGAUCUGGAUUCUAUUUCCCCAUCAAGGAGUCAGCUGGUAAGUUCCGCAAAGGAUUUGGAUGUGAAGGAGGGACUACUACGGGAGCAGGAUGCAGCUAGUAUUGAAACACAUCGCUCGGAGUCAGUGCCCAAGGAGGAGUCCCACCGCCCGAGUUCCCCUCCCUCUAAGCUGGUGGCAUUUGAGGAGUUUAAAAACGAGCGAGGAAGUGAGAUCAACCGGAUCUUUAAGGAGAACAAAGCCAUCCUCAGCGACAGGAAGAAGAAAGCGAGCGAGAUCACCCACAGACUGAAUCUAAUAAAACAGGAGAUGGACAUCACCAAACAGGCCCUCGGGGCCCAGAAGAAGGAGAGGGAGGAGCAGGGGGAGUAUGUGAAUGAGGAAGGACAGAUCAUAAUUGACGAGGAGGAAUUUUUACUGGUCAUGAAACUUAAGGAUCUGAAGAAACAGUACAGGUCUGAUUUCGAUGAACUGCGGGACCUGAAAGCAGAAGUCCAAUACUGUCAGCAUCUGGUGGAUCAGUGCCGCAACAGACUAAUCUCAGAAUUUGAAAUCUGGUACAAUGAGUCCUUCCUUAUCCCUGAGGAUGUGCAGGAAGCGAUAAAGCCUGGAGGCAACAUCAGACCUGGAAUGAUUCCCAUGAACAGAGUCCUGUGUCUGGAUGAAGAUGAGCAGGAGCGGUUUGACCGGCUGCAGGGGGAAGUGCUGCCAGCCUGUCCAGAUUCCACCUCUUUCUACAAUGCCAAAAUGAAGACUGAUCAGAAGCACAAGUACUUUAGAGCCAUGGCUGCCCUCCAGCAAAUGCACAAGAAACCUGGACUCAUCACAGCUACGGUGAAGAACAAACCCCCAGCGGCGCUCCAUGUCGUAUAGCAGGUGCAGGACAGAGCCAUUUGUGUUGUGUUCUAUACAAGGAAAUGGACAAAUUGACCUCAGAAAACUGUCAGCAUUGAUUUCCACAGGAGACUUCUCAACAAAUAAAACUGGGCUAGUGACAAGCUGUUUUGGUUCACUAGAAUGAAGGUUAGUGCUAGCUAAGGUAGAGGAGUCAUCGGCCAGAGAGGAAGAUAAAAUACACGUUCAUUAGUUGAACUAGGAGAACUUGUUUCCCUGACUCUGAAAAAUGCAACGCCUUGGCAGGGCAGGAGUGUGCAUGUUACAGGUGAGCUGCAGAGGAAAGAAACCAGAGCUUGUGCCUUUGUGACAGGUGAAAAGGCCUGAAGGGUUGUUCUCUUUCUCGUAUAUUUUAAUAUUAGAAAUACCAGGAGUGGCCAGGCCAGGCCCCUGGUGGGGUGGCCUCCUUUGGAGGACCCAGAGAAUUCGGAGCUUCUGAAAUGUCAGAAUCUUACCCCCCACUCCAGCCCUUUGAUGCCAGGUAAAGUGGCCAGAGUGACACAAAGGGGCUCUCAGCAUCUGUCUACGCUGCACACUGAGCCCGGGUCUGUGGGAACUGGGCUUACAGUGUUUCCAAGCCCAUGUGUGAGCAGCCCGCUGCACUGCAAGCCUGGGGUUAUGGUUACUGGACCGGGUCUCCCAGCCGUGCUAACACGUCCGUACUGCGCUACACUGACCUUCUGACUCAGGUCUGCGGCUUGAGAUGCAUCCACGCUGCAUAACGACAGGGCUGGGACCCAAGUCACAGCAGGACUCGGGCUCUGCUAGCAGGGUCCUAGGAGCCGAGUGCCUGCUGACCUGAGUCAGACUCAUUGGGGGGGGGGAGCCUUGAGCUCAAACCUGAGUCAGAGCCCGGAAUAAGUGUGCAGUGUAGGCACCCCCUAAAAGUCCUCAAUCCAGCCAAUGGAGAAUCCUUGUGAAAGAACGGAAGAAGGUAGCCACAGGUGGUCCUAUGAGGACCCCUUCCUCUUGAUCUUGAGGGCACAAUAUUAAGGGAGAAGAAAGAGUCAAAACCUAACAACCUAGCACUGCUGGGGCACCUUCAGCUAGUACUAGGCAGGUAUCAUGUUGGGCCAGGGUUUUAAACAAUCUUUUGUCCUUUUGCACAAUUGCUUCUUGGUAUAGCUGGUUCUAGAGCCUGCUCUCAGCUUAGUGCUAAAUACAUAAGAACGGCCACACUGGGUCAGACCAAAGGUCCAUCGAGCCCAGUGUCCCAUCUUCUGACAGUGGCCAGUGCCAGGUGCCCCAGAGGGAAUGAACAGAACAGGUAACCAUCAAGUGAU